AUAGUUGGGGGGAGAGGUUGGUUCAGUUCCCAGCAUGCACCAGGCAUGGCCGCUGGGGGGGAGGAAGACACAAACUGCUGCACUCGCUGCUGGACCUUCUGUUUCCCUCCCAGAAUCUUCCAGAACCCAAAACCCGAACAGAACCUGAAAUGGCGCCCGAGUCUCCCCAUUGGCCGAAUGGAGGACCUGAGGAAACCCCAGGCGGGAGGGGCGGAGCCGAGACUGUGCGUUCUGGAUCAGCCGCGUCCGUUGGGCCCCUGUUACCGAUGCGCCGUGUUGCUGUGUCCGGCCUGCGACACCCUGCACUGUGACCCCCAAUACAUCUCCCACUGUAUCCUGGGGCACCCCGACCCCCCGGCUGCGCCCCACAGCCAAUCCCAGGAUCCUCUGUGGCUCCGCCCCCCGACUUACACCUCCAGUAUCUCCCUGAUGUGAUUGGCUGUUGCUAUGGAGAUUGAAAUUCUCUGACACCUGAGACUCUCUAGCAGCAAGGGGUUAAUA